UAAACUACUUUUCCCAUAGUUCCAGAGGUGUAAAGUGAGGCCAGCUACGGGUGCCCGGAUGGGUCUGACAGUCAGGCACGUUGGAGAGGCACAGCGGAGACUGGGGCGCACGAGAGACAGAGAGCUGGAAUUGCAGAGGCAGAGACGCACGGGCGCACGGUCGAUUUUCGCCUCCCGCAUACUGGGGAGUCCCGUGCCUGUCACCAAAACCAGAGCACAGGGCUCGAGCGCGGUUAUGUCAGCACCUUAAUUGGGGACAAGACUGUGAACCAACCUCCCUGCUCCUCAUUUUUUAUUUUUUCCCUCCUUUUGUGUUUUUGCUUUCACAUCUUUGUGGGUGCAGAUAUUGAUGUGAGCCAGAGGAGCGGUUUUUCCGUUGAGCCGCACGAGACGGUGGCGCGCGACGGCAGGAGGAGAGACAACGUUUACAUUGAUGUGGGAGGACUAUCUCCCUCCGACGCGGGGAGCCAAGAUGAAGGGGAAAUGCUGUGCGCUGACGGCUGCAGCCGUCAAGGCAACGGCUCCGUGACCCGGGCGAGGAGAGGAGCGAAGCACCGACAGCCGCGCGAGCCCACAGCCCCGCCAGCCAGCGUUGACACCGCAACAGCUCCACCAGCCAGCGCGAGCCCCGAGACUCUCGCUCUCUCCCUUGCAACCAUGGGCAAAAGACAGGAGCAGAGGGGAGAGAGAGAAGUAUGUGAGCUCUCCACUGCAGUAUUGAUGACCCAAUGAUCCCCUGCAGAACAGAGCCAGUCAGGCAGACAGAGUGAGGCUCAACUCAGAAUCAAAAUCAGAAUCAGCGCCACAACCAUUCGGUAAAAGCAACCAAUUGAGCAGGAUAUGAAUGGUCCUUGAAUCUUCUUGCCAGCUAUUAGAAGGAAGACGGCUACAAAGAAGAAACACUAAUUUCUUCUUUGUGUUGGAACAUCACCCUCUUUUUCCUCCCUCAGUACCAGCAAGACCAUCAAUUGAAUGAGUGGCUUGUCAGAUCACCUACAUUCAGGCCAAACCAGGGCUCCAGUGGGCUGUGGUGGGACUCAGGCAGAAGGAAAAGCGUGUGUGGGGGGGCUGGAGGGGCUGGCAGGACCUGAGCUCUGGACCAGGGAGCUCGGGCUCCAGGAGGGGUCCCAGGAUCCCUCUAACGAUGGACUGGCACCGGUGACUUCCGACCACUUUCCCUCCUCCUCUCCUACCGCCCUGGCCAACGGCCUCCAUCUGCAGAGACGGCUGGCACACAGCACCUGCCGGCGGAGGCAGACAGAGACUCAUACUACUGCUGAGACGCAUACAUUUGCAGAGACACUUAGAAACAUGCAAACGCACACAGACCCAGAUGUGCAUGCUGUUUCACACUCACACAUAGAUAAUUGUGGACACAUGGAUAUCAACACACAUACGGGGUCUGUAGUGCCAGAACGCUCCAGAACUCUCACACCAGAGGCCAUACACACAACUUCACCUCAAGCCCUGUCUUUGGCACAUGGCAAUCAUCCUGCCUCCACCAAUCAGCUGGCAGCACCAGUCCUCACUGCAGAGACAGACAUGCCCUCAACCUUUUGUCCAGUCCCUGGUGGUCCAAACCCAAACAUAGGCUCCUCUCCUCUUCCUGUGGAGGCAGAGAAAAAGUAUGCACUCCGCAGCUCUGGACGUCCCCGCUUCCCCUGUCACCUGCGCAAAUCCUCCCGCCUCCGCCGAAGCAUAGAGGACGUGGAGAAGAGAGCAGCGAGAGAGAGGGGGGGAGAGGAGGAGCAUGAAGUAUUGGAGGAGAAGAUCUGGAGGGUUAAAGAGGAGGAGGUGGCUGUUGUUGAGAAAGAAGAGCGUUCAUCUAUGGAGGCUGUUCUCCCCACGGUUCCCUGCCCUACAGACAUCGCUUUUGCUCUAACUGUACCUAAACCUGUUCCUAAAGCCAUACCAAAACCUGGACCCAGAUUGGGGCAUAGACCUGGCCCUAAAUCCAGGUCUAGGCCCGCACCAAAAUCUGUACAUAAAGCAGCUCCUAAAAGUGUCAUGAGAAAGCGUCAGGCAGCCCAAUCCAUAGCUCAUCGCACUACCCCUCAUCUCUCUUUUGCAAACACAUCCACCAUCCCUGCACCUUUGCUAGCUGUGAAGGAGGAACCUGUUGCAGACUUGGGGGCAUCGCCUUCCGGUAGCCGGAGACGUGGGCGCUUUGUUGGCGUGAGGAAGAUUGUUGUCAAGGUGGCUCGCAUUCCUGUGAGCCUUAGCCGCCGACAGAAGAGCUACAAGAUUUCCAACUUGGAGACAGUUACAGGGACAGAGAAAGGCCAAGAUGGUAGUCUGGAGGGCCCAGAGGUAGUUCGAGAGCCGACUGCACUUCUCCGCAUGAAGAACAAUGGAAAGAGUGUUAUGGUGAUGUUCCCCCCUGGUGAACUGCCUGUCAUACUCAAACGCAGGAGGGGACGACCACCUAAACAGCCUCUGCCUGGAAUACCGGGAGAGCCUCAGAAUGCUGGGAAUGCUGGUGGUAAUGGAGACCAGCCCAAGAAGCCCCAGAGGCGACGUCGGACUAAACUCCCUUCCCCUUAUCCAUCUUAUGUUAAUGAUACUAAUGAUGUGAAAACAGAGUAUGGGGAUGUUCUGUCCAAACUGGCCUUUUUAAACCGCCAGCCCCCUGCCACUGGCCGCUGCUCUCCCCCUCGCUGCUGGACACCCAGUGAGCCAGAAAGCUUUCAUACUCCCCUUGAAAAUCCUGGAAUAUCCACCCUGCUCCACCGACUCACUGGGUUCAGACGCCCCCGAGGUGGCAGAGGCGGCGGCACUGGAAGAGGUGGAGGAGGAGCAGGAGGGAUUGGGGGCAGUGAGCGCAAUAAGAGCACAUUCAGUGACUUCUUUGAAUCCAUUGGCAAGAAGCGGAAACCAAGUCCCCUUUCUGAGCACGGAUUACCUAGGAAAAGGGGAAAGGGUGGAGGUGGAGUUGGUAGGGGAGGGGGUAUUGUUGGAACGGAGCCUGGAGGAGAGAAAGUAGUCAGGAAGAGACGUGUGAGAAAAAAUGGUGCAUUUAAAGGGGAGGGAGUGUCCAUGGGGCAGGAGUGGCCCAAUGGGGCAGGUGGCUGGGGUGAGGAGGGGGGUAUGGACAAGGAGAAAGGUUUAGGUGGGUAUCAGCUUUGUAGAUCUUCAAGGGGGGGCUUUUCCUCCUGUGAGGUUGGAAGAGGAGGUGUCUACAGCAGUCCAGGAGGAAGCAGAGGGGUUGGGCCAGCUGGGGAGGACUCACAAGGCCUUUUUGCUGGAUAUUUCCGGUCACUCCUCGACUCUGAUGAUUCAUCAGACCUGUUGGACAUCUCUUCCUCGCAGUCAGAUCCCCGCAAAGCUUCAUCCACCCCUGGUUAUGAGCCAUCCAGUCCAGCUACUGGUCACAGCUGGUCCCCUGCAUUCCCCAAGUGGAGCACCAAAGGUGCAAGUUCUGGGGUGGAGGGUUCAGCCCAGACACAUUGCUCCUCAGCCAGGCCUCCAUAUAGCUAUGGCAACCUGGCCCAAACAUCGCCCACCACUUCUACCUAUCCCAAAUCCACUCCUCCAACUCUGUCACACUCUCCUAGCUCCCCCCACCCUGCCUCUUAUGGCCACUUCUCCUCUGGUUACUCCUCCUCUUCUCCUGCAGUGCCACAGAGAUCCUCAGACUGCAGCUUUGCAUAUGGAUCUGGACACAGCAGUGGCAAGGCCACCACUGUUGGUCAAAUGGGUUAUUCUAGCUACCAGGCAGCACUCAAGCGAGGUUAUAGUGGAUAUUCUGCGACAGGUCAUUCCUCCAUACUGCGGGGGGAGUCGACAGGACCCACAUCACCAGGAGGAGCGUACAUGUCUGUGGCCAAAAGUAGCCCCUUCAGCUCCUCCUCCUCUCCAGAAGGUUACAAACAGUACAACUCCAAUCAGUGGAGCUACAGACAAGGUUUUGGUGGCUGGGCAACAGACAGCUUUGGGCAUCAGUAUCACGGCUACAGUGAAUAUGGCUCCAAUGAGUCCAAAGACAUCUUGGAUAUCUCCAACUACACCCCCCAGAAGGCCAAGCGACAACCUUUUCCUGAAAGCCUUUCAGAAUCCUCCUCUGACUCUUCACAUCUUGGCUCUGUAGCCACUGGUAGUGGACCCAGCUCCACAGGUGGCACGUACAAACAGAAUGAGGCUGCUUCUGUAAGUGGAGAGGGGGGUCAGUCAAGUCUGUCCAGCCUGGAGAAGUUGAUGAUGGAUUGGCAUGAGAGUGCUUCAGGUCCCUCGUAUAACUGGAGCCAAAAUGUCCUCUUCCAGGGUGGGGGAACCAGCAAACUUGGCCGCGGUCGGAGGAAACGGACUGAACCACAAUUAGAAAAAGAAGGGGGUUCUGCUUUACACUCUGAUUCUCCAUCCAGUCCCUCCCCAACGCCCACUCCUGGACCUAAGCGGGGAGGGGUUGGAGGACGAGGCAGAGGGUCUAGAGGAGGCAGAGGGUGUUUGUCUCCAUGUCAGAGAGAGCGGCCAUCAGGCACCAAAGGCAGGGGCAAGACUGCCUCUACAUCUGGAGGACCAGUGACUGUUGGAGGUCCAGAGGUGUCUGGGCUGUUCCAGGAGGGACUGGACUAUUACAGUGGAGACAGUAGUAGCCUCUCUCCCCUGGCCACUCCCAAUCCUGCACCACCUUCCAGCUACCUCCAGGACCCCUGUGAGUACCCUUCCCCUUAUUCUGCCCACCCCUCCACACCUUCCUCCGAGGAGCGAUAUCCAGCCUUAUACCCUGGUGAGUCCUCCUCUUCCCUCUCACCCAGUGUCUCAUCUCCCCCUUACCCUCCCAAGCCCACCCCUCCUCCUCCCCAGUCUUACCACCCUGUCCCCUCCAGGACCUUCUCCCCCUCCUGCUCUCCCUCACCCCGGGUAACACCCCACUGCGGCACUGCACUGAGUCCCUCACACCGGCCCCCACCAAAAGACCCACAGUUCUCGCAGUAUGACUCUCCCAGCUACUGCAGCUCCCCCUACUGGUACGGACAGACAUCGCACAGCAGCAGCCCCAGCCCGCAUUCACACAGCACACACUCAAAUACAGCCGUGCACACACACAGCAACCCACACACAAGUCCUCAUGGAAAUACACAUGGUAAUCCGCUCACUAGCCCAAAUGCGAACACACACACACAUAUGAACCCGACUCCCCAUGACACACACCAUCACAAUACACAGCCCCACGCAAAUCUGAGCUCACACACUAACACCCAUCCCACCUCACACCUCCAGAGCAACCCCCUCUCCCACUCAAACCCUCACACCAACAAUCAGCCCCACCACAACACACACACCAACCCCAACUCUCACCUCACCACCCAUACACACUCCAACCCCAGCCCCAGCCUCCACUCCCACUCAACACCUGUGCUGUAUGAGGAGUGCAGCCCUUCCUCGACUGGGCCCCCGCACAAGCGGGAUAUGACCCCCCAUGCUAUGAGCACAGGCCAUCGCCAGGUCCCCUUGCCACUCUCCCCGUACUCCAAACCUCCCCUGGACUCCUCGCCCCAUCAGGAGGACACUAGUGGCUUCACCUUGUCCCAUCAAUCCUACCAGGGCAUGGGACACCGCUACCCCUCCCAGGCGACUCAGGGAGGUGGGGUGUUGUGCCAGCUCCUGGACCCAGCCAAUGAUGACAGCUUCAGCGUCACCAGCCUGUAACAGCAGGUGCAUUCAAUCCAAGCUUUUACAGAUUUGCAAACAUUUUCUUUUCUUUUUUGGUAAGGAGACUUCUUUGUGAGAGACUGUGAAAUGAAGGGUGAGAAUUUAGCUGCCAGCUUUGGACAGUAAAGCUUUAAUUCUCCAGCACUGACAAUCAAGAUCAACAGCAACUUAAACACCUAAGCAUGCACACACACACACACACACACAAAUGCACAAACACACACACAAACACGCACACAUAGACACGCAUGUGCAGAUUAAUUCACUACCUAAACAAGAACACAUAAAUCCAUACAUGUGUACACUCACUCACACUCUAUGCUGGAAUGAGGGAAUGGCCGAGAGGAGCUGACAGAUGAAUACCAGACGCUGACGGACAGAUAUAAACCUAUUUCCUCACCCCUUUGAAUCCUGCUGUGAUACGUGGAGGACUCAGUUUCCCAGAAGUCUGUAUCUCACCAAUCUCCUGUUCUGUACAUCUGCAAUAUGGACAAGCUAGGAUCAUACUGCUCUCUCUCUUUCUGUGUCGUUCCUCUGUUCUCUCUCAACCUCCCCUCCUCUGCUAAACCAGCAAAUGUGGUCUGCACUCGACCUACACAAACCUUGCAUUUCUGUCUUGUGCCCUAACCUGAACCGCAUCUGAGCCCAAAUCAACUUUUUAAAUACCGUGAGCCUAGCAAAUGUCCCGCUCUGUGCACUCCCUGUAUUGUGUACCAAAAGAGAAAAGUGGACAAAACCAGUUUCUGCUCUUGAAAUACCAGCAUCUGUACAUACGACUCCAGCUCCAAGCCAGGGGCCCCCUCUUCACUCUGAAGGUCCGUCAUCAACAUGCCCUCCUCAGCGUUCUGCCAUGGUUUCUCUGCUCUGGGGGGGGGGGACUGCAGCAUGGAGACCCAACAUCCUGUGUUUUGCUGUUUUAACUACAAGGGAAAGAGACAUUGAAAUCACACAACGGCCCCAAAGAGACUCUUGUUUUCUUUGUGCGAAACGCGUGACAGCGGAGGAUGUGUUUGCGUGACUGCAGUAAUGCAUGUAUUUGUGUGUAUGUGUGCAUUUAUGUUUGUGUGAGUGUGCGUGCCUGUGGGGUCAAAAGGAGUAAAGCUCCCCAGACACCAAAGUCUUGGCGGGGCCUCAUUAUUUCUUUCACUCUCUCCCUUCUUUUUUCUGUGGUCUUGUGUUGUUUGGUGGUUUUUGUGAUGAAAAAAUUGUAUAUCUGUCUGUUACAUAUCAUGUAUGUAUCUGAGGUGCAAAAUAUUUAAAUACACAUUCUGUUCUUGCCAUUGGUAA